GUUCCCAAGAGGAUGAGCGAUCCUUCAGCCAUUUCAGGAAGGUAAACUCGCCUAUCGCCGACUCCGCACCGGCAAACAUGCUCCGGCAUGCUUAUCGGCCUCAUGCAGAUGGACUCUCCCUCAACUCUCGACGCGCAACCUCGACCAUUGGUAUUUGAAUGUUCCACUUCAUUCUUCCAUCCAUCUACCCUUCUCCUUCAUCUGAGUUGCAUUUGAGUCCUUCAAGCGGCUAGUCAUCAACCCAAGGCCAAUGACGGUCCGCAAAGCUGUUCCCGUCCCCGCGGACCCCGCGACCCAUCUACCGCAGCGUCCGUCGCCGCCGCGGCAAAGGGCCGAUGCCGCACAUGCCAUCCCGGAGAAGCUCAUCAAGCCGUGGAAGCUUCCAAGGCAAAACACCUAUUUGUUCGUCAACGCCAACGUUGUCGACACCGCCGCCGGCGUCAUCAUCGAGAACACGACCGUCAAGAUCUCUGACGGGCUGAUCGAGAAAGUAGGCGGGGGAGGAGGAGGAGGAGGAGGAGGAGAAGACCUUGAAAGCAUCUCCGGAGACGCCGUCGUCGUCGACCUGCGCGGCAAGUACCUUUCGCCGGGCCUCAUUGACUGCCACGUCCACGUCACCUCCGUUCCCGGCGAGGCCGGCCUCGACGGCGGCUUCGGCAUGGACGCCGCCGUCUCCCACUUCAGACAGCCCUUCGUGUGCGGCCGCAUCCUGAGCAAGGGCUUCACGACGGUCCGCGACACCGGCGGCGCCACGCGCGCCCUCGUGGAAGCCGUCGAGGACGGCGUCUUCCCCGGCCCGCGGCUCUUCAUCGCCAACAAGGCCCUGUCGCAGACGGGGGGCCACGGCGAUCGGAGGGGCGUGCACGACCACUCCGGCUUGUGCUGCGGCGGCGGCAGCGGCGCCGCCGGCCUCUCUGUGGUGGUGGACGGCGUGCCGGAGUGCAUCAGGGCCGCCAGGGAGCAGCUCAGGACGGGCGCCGACUUCAUCAAGAUCAUGGUCGGCGGCGGCGUCGCCUCGCCAACCGACCGCAUCGAGAACGUGCAGUUCACGGCGGACGAGAUCCGCGCCAUCAGCGAGGUCGCGCGCAGCUACGGCACCUUCGUCACCGCCCACGCCUACACGCCCCGGGCGAUCCGCCACGCCGUCGACAACGGCGUCGCCGGCAUCGAGCACGGGAACCUCCUCGACGCCGACACGGCCGCGUACAUGGCCGCCAGGGGCGUCUGGCUGACGCCGACGCUCGUCACGUACGACGCCAUGGGGUCCAACCGGUACGCCGGGUUCCUGCCGCCCGCGAACCAGCGCAAGAACCGCGAGGUCCUCGAGAGCGGGCUGCGGUCGCUGCGCCUCGCCGCCGACGCCGGCGUCGUCAUCUGCCACGGCUCGGACCUGCUCGGCCCCCUGCAGGCGGAGCAGAGCAGGGAGUUCGGCAUCCGCCGGCGGGCGCUCGGCGACCUCGAGGUGCUGCGGUCCGCGACGGUCAACGCCGCGAGGAUGCUCCGCCAGGAGGAGUUCCUCGGGCAGGUCAAGGGAGGGUUCGCCGCCGACCUGGUCGUGCUGAACGGGAACCCGCUGGAGGACGUGUCGAUCCUGGACGAGCCCGAGAAGAGCGUGCUGGCGGUGAUCAAGGACGGGAGGGUCUACACCAGCCGAUGGAGCAGAUUGCCGGAGGACGUCACGGAGCCCCCGGCGCUCAUCGAGUGAAGGUUUCCCUCGCUUUGUCGAUGUUAUAGCGUCUUGGGCCAUGCCACUGUGGCUUUCCAUCAACACUGAGCCAGUCACGCUCUACACCUUGAGGAGACCCCUUCCAUGCACAUCACCAGUGUCGCAUCAUCCGCAUCUCACACCACCGGUCCAUCAUACCC